AUGAUUGUCGGGUUCUACGACCAAAAGUUCAAACUUUUGAUGAAAGACAUGAACAAUAAACUUCAAUUUGAUGGUUUCGAAAACAAGAAUCUUGCUGGCGCUAAUAAUGGUGCUGCAAAUCAGAGAACCGAGCCACUGUCUUCUGGAAACGGGAACAUUAUCAAGCAGCUCUACAAUCUUCAGAAUUUUGGAAUGGAAUCACCAAAACAACUUCUCUAA